AUGGCGUUGUCUUUCGACGAGUUCGCCUUCCAUUUGCACACCAACACCAUUGGGCCCAUCAUCACAGCGCAGAAGUUGCUGAAAACAAACAUACCAAUCGGCACCAUCGUCUUCAUGUCCAGCGAUUCGGGCUCGCAAGGUAAUUUCCGGGAGAUGGAGGACGGGUUCGCUGCAUAUGCUGCGUCAAAAGCUGCACUCAACAUGGCAGUAAGGCACAUGGCCGCCGAGCUGAAGAGAAAAGACGAUGAUACCAUCAUCUUGUGCAUGCACCCGGGAGAAGUCGCAACAGACAUGGCGAACGUUCAGCUACCGUGGGAAGUCCAGGGCAUAAUCACACCAGAAGAGUCAGUGAUGAAGAUGAUCGAAGUGAUCAAGAGCAAAGGCAUACAGCACAGUGGCACUUUCUGGACUUACGAGAACAAGGUCAGUGCCUCACACCCCACCCGCGAAUCAAUUACUGACAUUGACCUAGCCGUACAUCUGGUGACAACUGAAGAUAUUCGUAACGUUUACGACUCUCAUAUCCUUGCAUGCUCUUCGCAAAAUCUCCGCUAG